AUGGCAAACAGAAAUCUGUUUAAAGAAAACAACAUGCCUGAUCUGCCCUACAUGACACUUGUAUUAGACACACAAGGAAGUGUUUCUCCAUCUAAAACCAAGAAAUUGAAGUGCAAGAAAAGCAAGCUGAGUCGCCGCAAAAAGCUAAAGAAAUACAUCCCAGAGGUCAAAGCAGAAACUUCCCCCAGUGAUCUGCUGAAAAGAGAUGGAAACAUACUCUUGGGUGGUAAGCCUGGAAUCGGAAAAACAGCACUUGCUCAUGAAAUGUUAAAACUCUGGGCAGAAAGAGAGAACAAGGAGCUUGAUUACAUGUUUUACUUCGACAUGAGAGAAACAGCCCACAUCAGAGAUGACUCGAGCUUGGAGGAUCUUCUCUUCAGUGUGUUCAGUGAACCAGAUGAAAGCAAAGAAGAAGUCUUGCAGGACAUAAAGAGUAACUCUGACAAUGUUACACUCAUUUUUGAUGGAAUCACAGAUCUGUCUUCAUCAGUGGUGAAGAGACUUGUUGAUAAGGACCUGCUACCUGAUGCCAAGAUCAUCGUGACAUGUAGACCAGAUGAUGAAGACGAGUUCUCUUCUGAGGACUUUCUCAGAGUGGAAGUAAAAGGCUUCAGUGAGCAGACCAUAAAAACAUACCUCUCUGCAAUGCUCGGAGAAGAACAGGAGAAGGUUUUGAGGAACGUGGAGUUGUUAACUCUUUGUCACGUCCCAAUGUAUGCACUGAUGGUGGCUGCCUGCUUUUCAUACGAGACACCAGAAGACUCUCCACAGCCAUGUACCAUGACUGAGAUCUACAUCAGCAUUGUUCGUCAUUGCCUCCAAAUAAACAGCAACAACACAAAAAACAAACAUCUCAAUUCCUUCAUCAAAACAAAGAGGAAGGCAUUACUGUCUUUGGCUGAGGUUGCUUUUCAUGCAACUGAAGGUAAAAGUGUGAACCUGACAGAAUGUCCCUGUGAAGACAGCUGUGUCCUUUCCUUCCUGAAACCACUUUUUAUCAAAGUUGGCCCGACUGAGACGAUAACCACAUACGCGUUCCUCCACUACACUAUGCAGGAGUUUUUUGCAGCAGUGUGGCUCGUGAAGAAUCCAGAUAAGAUCAAGGAUGUUUUUCAGCAGUGCCUCACUGAGGAGAAGAAACACAUGAAACAUCUGAUCCCUUUCAUGUGUCGACUGUUGAAUGAGAAGAGCCCUAGCUUGAUGAAGUGUCUGAUUCCAGCCGAGGAGCUCAAGAAUACUUCCAACUGGUUCUUUGAGGAGAUGAUAAGCACACUUUCCCCUCAUCUGUGUGAGAAAGAUGACGCUGAUCCUGAGGACAGUGAGCUUGAUGUGGACAUUCUGUUCCUAUGCCAGUGCUUGUAUGAGUCCCAGUGUCCUGAAGCAUGCCUCGACCUUCUGCACAAACUGGACUACCAUCUGGAUCUCAGUGGAGAGAGUCUCGACCCUUACCCUUGCUGUGCUGUGGCUUAUGUGGUCACUCAGUUAAAGGAGAGGAAAAUACAUCUGAACCUUGAAGACGUAAUGGUAUCAGAACAAGGAAUGAGACGACUAUUUGGAUGCCUUAAAAAUGCCCAAUGGAGUGGCCCUCUGCCACGGCAGCUGUGGGAGAUCUUCCUUCUCAAUGAAGGCCAGAUGAGACACCUCAGCUUACCUGGCCUUGAUGAAAAUGAGUUGCACCUUCCAGUUGAGGGUAAAAGACAUCUGUUUGAAAGAGCAGCAACAUUCAUGCAGAAGAGAACGACAAAGGUUAAUGUCUGCCUCCACUGGGAAAGGGAAACUCCAGUCUGCCAGAGUCUGUGCUGGUUCUUCUUUGAGGCUUUGCCACACAUCCGCUCACUCAGUUUUGUGCCUCAGUCAUCAGAACCUUCAGAAGAAAUCAAGUUCUUUGGGAAUCUGUUUUGUGCAGCAGCAGAGAGAGAACAGCAGACAGGAGAGAAGAUACUGCAGCUGUUAUCAUCACUGUGCACAUACAAAAGAGAACCUCUAAAAGAUGUCAGGUGUGAUUUCCUGCUGGAUCUGUUCUCUCACCUGAAGGACUAUGAGACUAAAACAGGCCUGAGUGUCCUUCCAUCAUUACAGUCAGUUUUCCAGUCAGCUCCUGCAGUCUGGACCAUAAACCUCUCAGAGAGAAAGACCUCCAUCCUCCUGGAAGUGCUGAAACUCCAACCAGAGAAGAAACAAGUGAAGCUGAGAGGCUUCUCAGAUGAAGAGAGUGAAGUGAGGAGUUUCCUACAGUGUCUGCCUUAUAUCUCACAGCUCAGAUGCUCAGAUGAAGUAAAGUUCUUUGGGAAUCUGUUCUGUGCAGCAGCAGAGAGAGAACAGCAGACAGGAGAGAAGAUACUGGAGCUGUUAUCAUCACUGUGCAGAUAUGAAACAUUCCCUUUUCAUCACCUGGAUGAUGAUGAUGAUGAAUAUUAUCAGAGUGAUUUCCUGCUGGAUCUGUUCUCCUACCUGAAGGACUAUGAGACUAAAACAGGCCUGAGUGUCCUUCCAUCAUUACAGUCAGUUUUCCAGUCAGCUCCUGCAGUCUGGACCAUAAACCUCUCAGAGAGAAAGACCUCCAUCCUCCUGGAAGUGCUGAAACUCCAACCAGAGAAGAAACAAGUGGAGCUGAGAGGCUUCUCAGAUGAAGAGAGUGAAGUGAGGAGUUUCCUACAGUGUCUGCCUUAUAUCUCACAGCUCAGUUUUGUGCCUCAGUCAUCAGAACCUUCAGAAGAAAUCAAGUUCUUUGGGAAUCUGUUUUGUGCAGCAGCAGAGAGAGAACAGCAGACAGGAGAGAAGAUACUGGAGCUGUUAUCAUCACUGUGCAGAUAUAAAAGAAAACCUCUAAAAGAUGUCAGGUGUGAUUUCCUGCUGGAUCUGUUCUCCCACCUGAAGGACUAUGAGACUAAAACAGGCCUGAGUGUCCUUCCAUCAUUACAGUCAGUUUUCCAGUCAGCUCCUGCAGUCUGGACCAUAAACCUCUCAGAGAGAAAGACCUCCAUCCUCCUGGAAGUGCUGAAACUCCAACCAGAGAAGAAACAAGUGAAGCUGAGAGGCUUCUCAGGUGAAGAGAGUGAAGUGAGGAGUUUCCUACAGUGUCUGCCUUAUAUCUCACAGCUCAGCUGUGAUCCAAAGUUCUUCCAGAGUGUCUGCUCAUGCAUCUCUGUCAGAUCCAGAGAAGAGGCUGAGCAGUUGGUCUCUCUGCUGCAGCUGCUGGGGUUCACCCUGCUGUUAACAGGAGGGUUAAGCACCACAUGCUGCCGGUCGGUGGGGACAGUUCUCGGACUCUGUGGCUCUGAUGUGGAUCUCAUCCUCAAACCAGGACAGAUGUCUGUCGGAGAAGCCUCCCUCCUCUUUAGUUCUACAGUACAACUGCACAGUCUGACGCUUUCCCAUGACAACGCCUUGCUACUGUGUGGAUGGGUAAAAAAAGGGAGAGUGGCCUGUUCAGUGACUAUUGAAGAGCUUUCUCUCUCCCCUCAGACAGCCCGUCCAUCUGAGAAAGUGUCGUUGAAGGUUGUCAGUGGUUUGGCGUCCCUGCUGAGCUACUGGAAAAUCAGACGGUUAAACCUGACUGAGUUCUGUGUUCCUGCUCUGAGUCUCAUUCCACUGCUGCUUCAUGAUGGCUCUCUAACAAUCAGACUGAGUGAGGACACUGUCCAGCAGUUCCUCUUCCUCCUCCAUGAAAACCAGGACGGGGACUUGACUCGGUCCUUCUUGAUCAAGGUUGGUGGAGACCUGAGCUCCUGCUGUCUGAACUGGGAGCUUCUUCACUUUCUGCUGCAGCAGUCGUCAGCUCAGACCAUCACUGUGAACCUGAAGAAGAACAGCUUCUUAGAGGAGAGCAUCACACGUCUGCUUCCCUUCCUGGACAGGGUUGUGUUAAAAAGGCUCAGUCCCAGCUUUGUGUUGACUGUCGUCAGAGAGAUCUAUCAUGCUGGUGCCAGUCCCAGUAUACCCAGUUUACUGAGGUCACUGAAUCAUGUGAUCAGCCUGACCUGCAGAGAGAUGGACUCUGUGGACUGUGCUGCUCUGAUCUUCACCCUCAGACACAGUGACAAAGUUAAACUGAACCUCAUUUGGACGUCCAUACCAGCAGGGGAAGUAAAGUCCAUCAUCUUGAUGCUGGACAAAGUUUCUCAACUGAGUGUUGACAGGAAGCUGCUGCUGAGGUUGGUCCACUGUUGUGCUUCCUCUGACGUCCAGCAGGAGGCAGCGGUCGUCCUGCUCAGGUCUCUGCAGCACACACUGGAUCUGUCCUGCUCCUCCUGUGUGGAGCUGUUAGACCAGGAUCAGAGUGACACUCUCAGUCUGACUGCUGAUGACUGCAGGGCCGUCUCCACCAUCCUGAGACACAGCAGCAGCCGGGACACACAGCUCAUCCUGCAGGACUGUGAGGUGGAGGACAGUGGACUGGACCUGCUGUUUUCUGUCCUAGACAGAGUCUGCCUCAGAGCCAGUAAAGCUGUCCUCCUCCAGCUGGUGUCUCUGGUCCCUGUGAACAGUGAGAGGGACUCGGUGAGACGGGCAGAGUCCCUCUGUAGAGCUCUGAAUGCAGAGCUGGACCUCAGUCACAGCUCCCUGGAUCAGAGGACCUGUGAAGCCUUGGCCCUGAUGCUGGACUUCUGUGCAGAGCUGACAGAGCUGGACCUCAGUCACUGUCAGCUCACAGACCAGCAGCUGCUCUCACUCUGCUCACAGCUGCACAAAGUACAAGUCCUGGAUCUGAGUCACAACAACAUCACUGAUGCUUUGACUGACACGUUACUCCAACUGGUCUCCAUCAACCCCGGCAUUCAAACUGUGCGACUCUUCAGAAACAACAUUGUGGACAGAAGCUCCUUUCAGAAAGACAAGCGGUUUGAAAUCUGGUGAACCAGUCGUCAGUGGGAUGCUAUUAACUGUUUCAAGUCUAAUGAUCUUUGGAAGAAAGUAUUACCUGUGGUACCUUGAUUUUUUUUUAUUCAGGCAAAACAAAUAGAAGCCAACACUGUUACCUCAGUGACAACUGUGUUUUUUAAUAUUGUGAUAAUGAUUUUCUGGGAUGAAUGUUUAGCUAUAAUUAACAAGGCAAAAAAAAGCAUGUUCAAUAAAUUGAGAUGACAGAAAACUAUCUCAAGAGAAUAAUCUAAAAAGUGUAAAUAUGAGUAUAUUUUUUAUUUGACAUGUUAAAUGGAGAUAAUAUUCAUUUCCUCUGUCCGUUCUCAUUUUCUCAUUAAAAUACCUCUUUUACUGUAAACUGCAGUAAUCAGCGUUUUCUUGACUUUUAGUUUCACAGAAUAAAAUCUGAGUCAACCAGUUACCAGCUGA